AUCACAAGCGCUUAGUGAUCAGUUAAUACUAAGGGCAGGCACACCUCUGCUUCGCGCUAGUGAUCAAGCAAGUGCUUUCUGUACUCUGCAGCAAUGGCAGGCAAGGCCUCGGUCGCGCUGUUCCUCGCCGUGAACCUGGUGGUGUUCGCCAUGGCCAGCGCCUGCGGUGGCAACUGCCCCACGCCGACCCCGUCCACCCCGUCGACGCCGACCCCGACGCCGGCCUCGUUCGGCAAGUGCCCCCGCGACGCGCUCAAGCUGGGCGUGUGCGCCAACGUGCUGGGACUGAUCAAGGCCAAGGUGGGCGUGCCGCCCACGGAGCCAUGCUGCCCGCUGCUGAAGGGACUCGUCGACCUCGAGGCCGCCGUGUGCCUCUGCACCGCCAUCAAGGGCGAGGUCCUCGGAAUCAAGCUCAACCUGCCCGUCGACCUCAGCCUCAUCCUCAACCACUGCGGCAAGACCGUGCCCACCGGAUUCAAAUGCCUCUAAGCUAGCCGCGAGCAUGCGGAUAUAUAUGUGUUCUUUUGGUUGCCAUUCGCCUGCAGACUUCUUGUCGUUUGCUACUUAUUAAGCGAGUGCUAGCUCUGCAUGCAUGACUACGUCCUUUGCAUGUUGAUGAGCAACUUUCGAUACUUUUGGGUGUUUGUUUUAUGUAAGUGCUUCGUCCUUUACAUCGACAGUGUCCCAGAACUAUUUGUACUGUUAUUCUUUUAUUUGUACCCAGCAAUCUGCUCGAUGAAAUAAAGCUUAUUAUAUUUAUUGGAAA